AUGAAGCAAAGGGACGUGUCACAUCGUAAUGUGUUACCAGAUACAUACAUCCCUGUUCUAUCCAAAAAGGUACUUGCAAACAUUUUGGCACGACUACCAACCAAUUCAUUGAUACAACUCGUCAAACUUUGGCCAAAACUUAUUCGUACUCAACCACAUUUGAAGAAGGGGAAUGUAUAUUCUACACAGAAAGAGCUCAAUCUGAUAGUAACUCAAGAAGCUCGCAAUAUAAUAUCAGGACCAAUGCGUUCAGGGUCCAAGAAAAAACUUAUAGAUAAAGUUCUUUUUGAAUUUUGGAGUGAUGGAUUAAAUCUACUUCAAAUAUCUCAAGUGGAUUGUCAAUUGAUUGUAGAUAGACCAAAUGCAUACUAUUGGAUUCUGUCCACUGUUAAAGACCGUGGUGGACACGGGAAUGAGGUUCCAAUUCUGCUUGAUCCACCUAAAUUCCUUCAUCAAUUGACGCGUGAUUUAAAUGAAUUAUACAUGUCAUAUGUUUAUGUGUGUCGACAUCCAACUUAUCCCUUAGUGAUUAUCAGAAUACAAGUUUUUGAUCUUCAAAAGAUUAGCGGCAACGCUGUUUCUGGAUCUAGACCCCACAUCACAUCUCAUAAACCAUACUUUGUCGCCAUCCCCAUGAACUCUCUGCAUAUUAUUCAUUCUCCAGGAUCUCUGGUUAUCAGUAAAAUAGUUUUACAAGCUGUUGAAAGAAAUCUACCUCAAGAUCCAACUAAUCUAUUGAAACUUGAAACUUCACAAACUCAAAAACCUGUUAGAUCCCUUGAUUCAAUGCAUAUACUUAAGGGAAGUUCUCGUUUUGGUAAUAGUUUGGGUGUCUGGACACCUUAUGCUGAAGGGAAGGCAGAUUCUCUCCCAUUAGCCCCAACAGAGAACCAUAAAUUAAUUUUUGAAGAGACAGUACAAAUUCAAGAUCAAGAGAAAGAAGAAUCUCUCGAUCCCUUGGCAAAAUUGAAAAAAAUUGCAAAUUUAAGAUUCAAAGGUAAUGUUAACGGGAAAAUUGAAUCUGAAAAAUUGUAUGAUGACUUAGAAGGUAGUACGAAACGUAGGAAAAAGACUGCCACGUAUAGCAAUAUUGAAAGCGAUGAUGACGAUGGGUUCGAAGAAAUGAAGAACCUGGAUAGAAACGAGUUUGCAACAAUUGUUCCAGUGCAAUACCUUGAAAUGAUUCUUAAAGAUCCCAUAGAGUCAGAUGAAGGUAAUAUAGUAAUGAAGUUCUCAGGAUCAGAUAUUUUUGCUGGAAUUCAUGAACUUUCUGUUCGAACUACAGAACAAGAUAAAAUGGUUUUAAAUCCAGCUCAGGUUCCUGGAUGGUUAACGGGAGAAGAAGGUGCCAAUUGUGGAGAAAUUAAAAAUGGUAAAUUUACAUCACUUUAA